UUGUUUUGGCCAGACAACCUGUAGUCUAUACUCAUUGUGUCCUUCCUGCAUAAAGAAAGGUCUGCGGCAAUGCACAACAGCAGGGCUUGUUGGUUGUAAGUUCCUGCAGCACUCUGGCCAGUUCGUUGACGUAAUUCUUCCAGAAUAAGAAAAGCGCGUUCACGAAUCUCAUAUACUGUACAUGAAUGAACACGGUGCACGAGUAGAGUGUCCUCGCGAGCGACGUAUCUCAGACAGCACAUCACCAUGGUGAACCCCCUGUUGUAAAACUCACCAGUUUUAUCUUUUCUUUUUUUUUUUUGCAUUUACGCUGCAUCUAGGAUCUGAUGUCUGCAUCAAGCUUUCUAAACAGUUUAACUGCAGUGUAUAGAACGUUUUAGAUCUGUCAGUUGUUAGCAAAUGUAUCUUUUUACUGUGGAAUCUUAAUAAAUGGUUUAAUCAGUACUUAAUGCUUUCUGAGGUUAAUAGAUGAUUUACCAAUAGUAAACAAUAGUUUUAAGCCAUCAAUUAGAAAACUGUCCAUUUGACCCCUUUUUUAAAAAUGCUGCAAAACUUCAAGACAAAAAUGUAUUUAGCCACAUUUAAACUAUCCCAGGUAGCCAAAAUGAUUUGGUUCAAUAUUAGCCCACAUCUAUCAGACCAGAUGAACUAAUUCAACUGAGUCCGGUUGCGGUAUACUUGUGGAACACGGUUAUAAAUGACACACCAGAUUCAGCUCUAGCUUGGUUACCGACACUAAACUGACGCUGGCUGGACAAUGCCAGCUCAGGGCCACAAUCACAUCAACCAAAACAGCAGACCUACCCAAUGCUGGCACAAACCUGUAUGCCAAGACCUAAUAUAUGUCACAAGUCAGGGUCAUGGUCUACCCAACAAAACUGACAAAAUUCACCAAUAUCUAAGUCUGCAGACAGCUUUGAAAAAUGUAAUAAGUGAGCCAUUGUUCCACCAGGGCUAGCUGUGGCUGAUUUUGAAAUUAAAAAAUGACAUAAAUUUAUUAAGAAUGACACAAAUCGACUUUUUAGCUGAAAGCCAUAGCUUAAAUAUACUUGUAUUUAAUGAAAAGCAGAUUUCAAAUACUUUUUUGCACACUGUAUCUUUACUUGUGAUGAUUUUGUUCCCCAAAAAAAACUCCAAAAUUCAACAUAGAUAAAAAUGGAAAUGUUGUUCCUGAAAGAAUCCUUCCAGGUUUAAGAUGUGUAAAAGUACGCAGUUCAAAAUAAUGACUUUGUUACUUCAUUAAAAAUCCUAAAGGUCACCUCUACUCCUCACAAGCUAGAAAUACCUUGAAUGUUUUAAAGUAAACAGUAUUUGUUAGCAUUUGUAUCAACCUGCUAAGAUCUGAAACUGCAGAAGUGAUUGCUUAUUUGGAAGUGAAAGAAAUUUGCAGGGUUACUGGUAGCGAUAACCAAAAUAGCAUUAUAUAUUCACCAAUGUUACCGCCCUGCACAUCCAAUAAAACACUUUCAAGUAAUUCUGUCAGAUGAAAGCUCUGCUCAAGCUGAAAGUAGGGGGAGCUGUCGUGGGAAUUUCAUGAUUUCACCAGACACUAUAAUUUGCCCCACCUUAAAAUGUAGAAAAAAUCCAACAGAGGAGCCAAGUGGAUAUCAAUCACUUACCAGUGUGGGAAGAGCAUUGACUGAGUUACUAAGUUGCUUUAAAUUCAAGGGUCUGAUAUAGAACUUGGUCACAGAAAAUAUUUUUAAUUGCUUGAGCUUAAAGAUUGCAAUUGAGCAUUGAAAACAACUGUUUUAGAUUUGGUGAUCCAGGCAUAGUUCAUGCACACAAGUGCUUUUUAGAGUAUGUUUUCUUAAUAUUUUGUCUUUAAGGACAAAAUCUCCAUCAACGUGUAAAUGCAAAAACACAACAGAAGCACUUUUAAAAGCAACAAUAAAACCCUAAAGCCAUACUGGGGAAUUGGAAGCUUGAAAAAAGCUGUUACUGAUUCAUGGCAGACUACCAAUAAAGACACAUCAAAGAAGGAAAGAAGGAGAGAAACGUGUAUAUAUAGACUGCUUCUAACACCUCUCUGUCUUGGUAUUAUGGAAGAAUAGCUACAUUUAUCUGAAAAAAUGGAAAAAAAAUCUUGUUUGUAAAGUAAGCACCAGCACUAUUUUGGCCAUGUCCACCACCACACAAAAUUGUAAACAAAGGAGAUAGUGGCACACAUUCAUCACAAGCCAGAAAUACUUCCCUGUCCACACUACAAAAGAAGUUUCUGAAUAUCUUCACCCUUGAAAGAGUUUUCGAAAAGCUCAGUUUUCAGUAAACUUAAACUUCAUCUGUGUGCAAAGUAAAGGCCACAAAACAUAGAAAAGACUACAUUUAAAUGACAGCCAUGUAGGUGUGGACAGGUCAAGAGCUGAUGAUGAUCUAUUGUCAUACAUGCUGGCUCACUGGGAUGCGUCAUCUAAAAACUGACCUAUCAUUAACAACGUGUUUGUCUGCAGCGAAAAGUCAAAAUGACUGCUGUGAAUACGAUCUUUUGUGCUUGCUUCCUCACUUUGACCAAGUUGGAGCAGUUUUACCACUUAUAUUGAUUUUGUCAGUGAUAACUGUGUUUUUUCUCCUAACUCAAGCAAAAAUGCCCUCUGUUAAAAAUUAUUAUCAGGCAUAAUAAUUCUAGUCAUCUGUGUGGGUUUGACAUGAUGAUAUAAACACCUCCACAUGAAUGGCCUACUCUAACAGAUGUAAUAUUCCCAAUUCCACUUCAUGUUAGGACUAGGAGGACUUUUACAGACUGUGGGCGCUUGACAUGUUCCCACUUAAACCUACAGUAUUGUGUAAAUGUUUUAGACACUUUAGAUGUUCAAAAUGUUAUCCAUUGUGCGACACCACUGGACACUAGGACCCGUACUAAGCCUCAGCUUAUGACGUUUGGAAUCACACAAAGAGACCGAGGCAACAGUGACAAUCCCAAUCCACAGAAAGAAAGUUUCUAUGAUAACUGAAAGUGUGACACAAAUCAUAUAUGUUUGUGUGAUUACAAAUGGAUAGGAUGGUUUUUCUUGCUUUCUUUCUGUCUUUGUGUUUUUUUCCAUGUCACUCUCAAGUUUGCACCUGAGAGUGAUAAUUGUGACACGUUCCCAGUGUCUGUAUGUGUGUGUUUGUGUAGUUUUGCUGCAGAUGAGUCAUGUGUUUGGGCAUGUGGCACCACCAAAGCAGUGUUCUUGCGUGAGAUAUCUCUCCUAAGUGUGUUUUCCACAAGAAUUGUUUGGGUUGGCGUCGAUACAGAUACGCGUGUAGACUAAUCACUCAGCCAGGCGAUCAGUAGGCAUAUCCUGGUAUUGUCCUGCUGAGUACGUUUGAUGGUGUCAGUCUGCAGGCACCAAGUUGUGGACGGAACAAAAUUCUGCCCUUCUUGACAUAACCUGGUGAAGGGGAGUGGUCUCCAGGAACAGCCAAUGAAAGCUGGGUGGGGGUUCGGGCUUCGCUAUAAAAUAGAGAUUCCAGUGAGGUUUAAGGUCUGCGUGUGCAAUAAGGCAUUUCUCCCUGUUCACAUCACAUCACAUCUUAUUGCAAUUACUAUGUGAGGUCUGAAUGUGGAUUUCCUAAUUUUGCAUUGUGUUUGCCUUCUCUGGAGUCUGGAGCCAUGGAGGUAGGAUUCACUGGACUUUGUAAAAUUGAAGAAAGGGAUUUCUAUGACAAGUUGACCAUAGAACACAGAGUAGUGAUAUUAAAAGAUUAGUUGAUGGUGAUAUUUGUAUAGGUGAUGGUGGCAAUCAUAAUCAUAUUUAUGUGUGUGUUUCAGGUGUGUAUCAGGAGGUAUUUGCAAGAAAUUGUCAUCUUUCUGCAUUUGACAGCUUACGUGGCAGGUAUGACAGGAAGAUGCAGUCUGUUCGGACGACACCACGUUCACACAUUUGAUGGGGUUUUGUACGAGUUUCCUGGAGACUGCAGCUACCUUCUGGCUGGAGACUGCAACCAUCGCUCCUUCACACUGCUGGGUGACUUUCUAAAUGGCAAAAGAACUGGAGUCACGCUGUUUCUUGGGGAUGCCUUUGAGUUGCACCUGUCCGUAGAUGGACGGCUCUCACAAGGAGAAAAAAGACUGUCUCUGCCCUAUGCAUCUCACGCUGUGUUUGUGGGCUCAGAGCUUGGGUUUUAUAAGCUCUGGAGCGAGGAGUUUGGCUUCACUCUCACCAUUGAUAAUGCUGCCAACAUCGCCUUGACACUGACCAAACAUCAUGCCAACCGCACCUGUGGCCUCUGUGGCAACUUCAAUGCUGUGUCAGCUGAUGAAUAUACUUCUCAGGAAGGUUUCCUAACAGAGAACAGUUAUGACUUUGCAAAUUCAUGGGCAGUGAUGGGCGCCGAUCAGGCUUGUCGACGCGUCUCGAAUCCCACCCAAUCCUGUAACAGCACAAAAGAGACUUCAACGAUUUUGUCCAGCUGCAGCGUGUUGCAGACCUCCAGUGUGUUUCGCCAGUGUGCCCACUUGGUCGCUCCCGAGGCGUUCCUGUUGCUGUGCCAGCUGGAGGCCUGCUACUGUGCCCACGGUUUCACAGAGGACUGUUACUGUCCAGUCCUGUUGGAGUACGCUCGCACAUGCCACGCUCACGGGGUACUUCUUCGUGGCUGGAUGGAGGAUAGUCAGUGCUACCCCAAGUGUCCAAUCGGGAUGCAGUACAGUGAAUGCACCAAGUCCUGCUCUACAACCUGCCAUAGUCUCAACAUCCAAGAAGUUUGCAAGGAAGAGUGUGUGGACGGUUGCACCUGUCCUGUUGGUAAAGUUUUAGAUGGAAAUCGCUGUGUGGAGGUUUCUCAGUGUUCCUGUGCGCACAUGGGACGACAUUUCCCUCCAGGAUCCACCAUCUCUCAGGACUGCAAUACCUGUGUGUGUCGUCAUGGUUCCUGGGAAUGCACCAAUGAAGGCUGCCCUGGUGAGUGCUUAGUGGUUGGGCAGUCUCACUUCAAGACCUUCGACAACAAGUUCUUCACCUUCACUGGCCACUGUCAGUACCUGCUGGCAAAGGACUGCACACAGGACGAGUUCUCUGUCAUAAUUGAGAAUGUGCAGUGCGCAGAUGAUCAGGAUGCUGUGUGCACACGCUCAGUGACACUCAGUCUGCCCUCUCUGGAGAACAUGACAGUAAAGCUGAAGCACGGAGGACUUGUUUCUGUCAACAGCAUGGACAUCCAGACCCCAAUGCAUCAUGGUCGUCUGCAUAUUCAGAGGUCUGUUCAGACUUCUGUGAGUGUAAAGUUUGGUGAUGACCUCCGUCUGGACUGGGAUGGGCGUGGUCGUGUGCUUUUAAAGCUGGGACCUCGAUGGGCAGACAGGACCUGUGGUCUCUGUGGAAAUUACAACGGUAACCAAGGUGACGACUUCUUGUCAGGCUCUGGACUGGUUGAGGCGGGUCCUCAGGCAUUUGGCCAGGCCUGGAGGAUCAAUGGAGACUGCGAGUCGACUCAGAAACAUGAGACUGAUCCAUGUGCCGCUAACCCCAAAAGAGUGCGUUUUGCAGAAGAGGCCUGUGCAGUGAUGAUGUCAGACAUGUUCAGUCCAUGCCACUUCCUGGUGAACCCAGGUCCAUUCCAGCGGUUCUGCCGGUAUGAUGUGUGUGCCUGUGGUGACGGUGAAGGUUGCCUCUGCUCUGCUCUGUCUGCUUAUGCAGCUGCCUGUGCUGCCAGAGGAGUGCUGCUGAACUGGAGGUCUCCUUCACUCUGUGAACUGGAGUGCACCGGAGGGCAGGUGUAUCAGGCCUGUGGGAGUGUGUGUGACCGGACAUGCAACUCUCUGUCUGGAGCUGAGGCUGGCUGCCAAGGGGAGAGAGUAUGUGAGGAGGGCUGUUUCUGUCCUGCUGGGAAAUACCUGAGUGGCUCCGGGGAAUGUGUGACAGCUAACCUGUGCACCUGCCUGCAUGAUGGACAGCUCUAUCAGCCGAAUGACGUCUAUGCAGAUCACAACAGCAUUUGCUACUGUGAGAAUGGCUCCAUGCGCUGUAGUUCCACUGAAAUAGCUUCAAUGCUGUCUGACCUCUUCUAUGACGACGACCUGGCGCCAUCCAGAGAGCGGCGGUCAGCUCAGUGCCCUCCUCCACUGCUUCGUGCAGGCUGUGAUUCAGGCGAAAAGGGUCUGGAAUGCGCCAGAACCUGCCAGAAUCUGGACCUGCCUUGUGUCAGUCUUGCCUGCAUCCCCGGCUGCCUCUGUCCACCCGGCACAGUGCGUCACCGCAGGGACUGCAUUACACCAGAGCAGUGUCCCUGUUACCAUAACAACAGGCUGUAUGCAGCAGGACAGACUAUAUCUGUGGACUGUAACACCUGUGUGUGUGAGAACAGAAAGUGGAAGUGCACAGAGAAGGUGUGUGAUAGUGUGUGCCGCACUGUCGGGGAGGGACAUUACAUCACUUUUGAUGGCCUCAAGUACUCCUUCCCUGGUCUCUGUCAGUAUGUCCUGGUCCAGGAUAUGUGCAAUGGGGAAGAGGGUUCCUUCAGAGUGCUGGUGGAAAAUGAAGCCUGUGGAAUUGUGGGACAUCGCUGCGCAAAAGCUAUCACCAUCUUCUAUCAGGGCGGGUUAAUUAUAAUGCAGCAUGGAGAGGUGAAGAUGAAGAGGCCAGUUCCACAGGGCUCACAGGUGGAGAUUGUCCGAUCGGGUCAAUUUUACACCCUGCUGCUGGGGAAGCACAUUUCCCUGAGUUGGGACAAGGGAACUCGCCUCCUGGUUCACAUCUCAGCUUCAUACAGGGGCCGUGUGUGUGGUCUGUGUGGUAACUUUGAUGGGAAUGUCAACAACGACUUGAUUAGCAGCAACAACCAGAUGGAGGUGGAUUCUUCACACUUUGGGAACUCCUGGAAGGUUGUUCCCAGCUGUGCUGAUGUAACAGAGAUUCGUGCUCCUUGCAGCAACAACAUUGUCAGGUUGGUAACGGUGGAGCAGUCGUGUCGUGUGAUCACGGGUCCCCUCUUUAAAGAAUGCAACAGCCAGGUGGAUGCAGAGCCAUAUGUAGAGAUGUGUGUAGAGGCGGCAUGCUCAUGCCCAUCAGUGGGUGACUGUGAGUGUUUCUGUGACGUUAUUGCAGCCUAUGCACAAGCCUGCUCAGAGAGGGGUGUAUCCAUCAACUGGAGAUCCAAUGAUCUUUGCCCCAUGAGCUGUGAGGAGCUGAACCCUAGAAUCUCAGGUGUAGGGGAGGAGUUGUGCCAGUGGAGGUAUAACACUUGUGGCCCUGCCUGUCCAAUCACCUGCCAGCAUCCAGAUCCACUCCACUGUUCACUCACAUGUGUGGAAGGCUGUCAUGCCUACUGCCCACAAGGCCAACUACUGGAUGAGGUGGCCAUGCGAUGUGUAGAUCCUUCUCAGUGCCAGGUGUGUAUCCAUGAGGGUCAGAGAAUCUCCCACGGCAACAAGGUCAUUCUGAACCACGAUGACCCCAACCACUGCAAGAUAUGCCAUUGCGACAACAACACCCUGACCUGUGAAGCUUGUACCUCCCUCACCUUGUUCACCACUCCUACACCAACACCUGCCUACACCACCUUCCCAUCCAUGCCCUUCACCACCUUGAUGCCUGAGGGCACAUGUGACCGUGCCAUGGAUCUAGCAUUCUUAUUAGAUGGUUCAGAAGCCCUGAGCGAAGACGAAUUUCAGGCAACAAAAGAGUUCAUACUGGGAGUGGUGGAGCGGUUCCGCAUGGGCUCAGCUCACACUCGAGCCACAGUUCUGCUUUACCACUCUGGAGUCAAAACAUAUGACCUGCAGGUUCAGAAGUGGCUGUUUAAGAAGACUGUUCAUGAGCUGCAUUACACAGGAGGAGAUGCAGCCUUCUUGGAUGAGGCCGUCAAAUAUCUUGCUAUCAACAUCUACGACAAGAAUAAGCGUGAGAAUGCUGGCCGCGUUGCCAUUAUUUUGACAGCCAGUGCCAAUCCUCGUCAUGUCCGUUCCAUUGUCAAGAUGCUCCGCAAAAAAGCCAUCACCACCCUGACAGUGGCACUGGGUCCUGGGGUAGACAUGGGGCAAAUUAAUGACAUUACCAAAGCCAAUGAGGACAACAGGGCUUAUGUGCUGAGCAGCACAGGUGAGCUCCCUGAUCGUCUGUUAGAGAUAACAGAUUACCUCUGCACUUUGGGGAUGGAGCCUGAGGUGGUUAAACCUCCAGCACCAAAAUCCACACCAGGUAAAGCUCCAAAGUCCACAACUACCACCACCCCAGUUCCUCACCUGGAGCCAAACCCCACACAUCUCCCCAACACUCGUGCAUCCACCGCACCCUCUGGCCUGUCUCCCAUCACCACAUCACCGUCCUCCCUCUCUCCAGCCAAAGAUGUGACAUUCAUCUUGGAAGGAUCCGAUUCUGUCGGUGAGACCAACUUUAACAAGUCGCUAAUCUUCCUGGAGGAAGUUAUCUCAAAGCUGACAGAGGAGGAAGAGUUAAUUCGCAUCACUGUGAUCCAAUAUUCAAUUACGGUCACUGUUGAGAUUAGUCGCUGGGAGGUGAGACACCACAGAACCCGACUGCUGCAACGACUGAGGGAGAUUCGUUGGAGAGGUGGAAGCCAAACAAACACUGGGACAGCUGUCACUACAGUUAUACGAGAAAUGGCUACAGUUCAGCCCUCACCCGGUCCCACCCCUCCGCAGCUAGUCUUCCUCGUGACAGAAAACCCACCUACUGACACAGUGACACGUCCACCAUCUACACUCACCACCACCCAUGUGUAUCCCAUUGGUGUUGGACCAAAAGUACGGGAAAUUGACUUGUUCCCAUUCAGCUCCCCUCAACGCCCGCUGAUGGUGGAUGACUACACCCAUCUGACAACACUGGUCCACCGCAUAGUCAAUAUCACACACACCACAGUCAUUCCACGCUCACCUACACUGCCGCCUCUAGUCAUCCCAACGCACUCCACCUUGCCACCCACAGUGCCGUGUAAGACACCUGUAGAUGUGAUGUUCCUGCUGAAGGCUGGACAGCAGUUUGAGGACAUGAAGACGUUUGUCAAAGCUUUCAUCAGUAAUUCUGACAUAGGGCUAAACACCACUCACAUAAGUGUGGUUCAGUAUGGUGACACCAACACAGCAGAGAUCACAUGGAAGAAUGAACAAAGCAAAUCGAAGCUCCUGAAACUGGUGGAGAGCAUUCCAAGCAGGACCACUGCAGCCCCCGCACUAGGCUCUGCACUGCGAUUCGCUGUGCAAACAUCCAUCUCGCCAGUCAGUGGCGGAAGAGUUGGUAUAGCCAAGGCUGUGGUAAUGCUGGUGACUGACAAAUCAACUGAUGAUAUCAAAGAAGCAGCUAAUGAGGCACUGGCGGCAGGUGUGUCAGUUUUCCCCAUUGGGGUUGGACCAGGCUAUGACAGGAGUGAACUUAGUGUGCUUGGUCGCCAUGGCAACCAAGACAACUCUCUGCACCUGAACAGCAUGGACCAGUUGCGGAUGUUGCUGACUCUGGACAAAAGUUACACUGAGCGCAUCUGCAGAGCGGGGCCACCAGGAGUGUGUGUUGAUGAUAAUGGAAAUGAGAGAAAGCCUGGCGAGUCCUGGCUGCUGGAGGACGGCUGCCACUCGCUCCUCUGCCACCCCAGCGGGGCAGUGACAGUACAGAAUCACAAAGUCAGCUGUGACAGACUGGAGCCGCCAGCCUGCAGGAACAACAUGCCGGCUGUCAGAGUCCAGGAGACCUGUGGCUGCCACUGGGAAUGCCCUUGCAUGUGUAUGGGCAGCUCCACCAAUCAUGUGGUGAGGUUUGACAGCUUGGCACUUAGGCUGGAUGGGGAGGGUUUGUGCUCCUACACACUUCUUACUGUCAGCAGAGGCGUCAGUGAAGGGUCAGAGGUCAAACUCCACAGUGGACCUUGUCAAGACUCUGCGAAUUACAACCAAGUCUGCAUGAAAGCCAUGGAGGUGAUCCACGGACCACAUAAGCUCCUGCUGAAGGAAAACAUGACGGCAGUGAUUGAUCGGGAAGAGCUUGCAUUGCCGUGGCGCUUCUCUGGCCUGGAGCUGGUGCGCUAUGGAGGAGUGAUGCUGCAGCUGAAAUCAGAUCAUGGCUACGUCUUGACUUUCACCCCUCAGAGCAAUGAGUUUACGAUCACAUUACUCAGCUCAACCACCAGUGGUCAAACUGCUGGACUCUGCGGUGCCUGCGGGGAGGAGAAAGUUAAUGUCCUCUCUUUACGCAAUGGCAACUCGACCACCGACCAGCCAGCCUUUAUCUCAGACUGGACUGUGGCUGAGGAUGGCGGUGUGUGCCUGCCAAAACGGAGGGCAGUGUGUGUGUCUGGAGCAGCGAUGGGAUGUCAGGCCCUCCGCUCAGAGGUGUUUGAGCCAUGUCACGCAUACAUUCCCGUUCAAGUUUUUCUCAGCAAGUGUGAGGAACAGGCAUGUGAGGAGUCCGAUGUGUGUGAGCUAAUUUCUGCCUACGCACGCCUCUGUAGACAGAGAGGUGUGUGCGUGGACUGGAGGAGCCCCCACCUCUGUCCAUUACAGUGCCCGACUUCCAUGGAGUAUGAUGCAUGUCGGACAGGGUGUGUACAGGACUGUGGUAGCCUCCAGACGUUGCCAGGCGACUGGUCGGUUGCUAGGGGUAACGAGUCAUCCUGUAUGGACACACCUACUGAAGGCUGUUUCUGUACUGGAGGGAUGGUUUUGCAUCACGGACAGUGUGUAUCACCAGAGGCAUGCGGGCAGUGUGUCGGCCAACAUGGGAAGACAUAUAUGUAUAUGCAGAGUUGGGUACCGGAUGAGAACCCAUGCAUGAUUUGCAUGUGCUUAGACCAACAGCGCAUCAACUGCACGGCCCGGCCCUGCAAUGAUGUCAAAGCUCCAGUAUGUGGACCUUGUGAGAUCCUGAAAGAGAAGAGAGAAUCCAAGUGCUGCCCUGAGUAUGAGUGUGUGUGUGAUCUGGUGAAUUGUGCCCUACCUGAAGUGCCCCGUUGUGAGGAUGGUCAGACUAUGUUGCUGAAAAACCCUGGAGAAUGUCAGCCUAUACACGAGUGCGUGUGCAAAAAGGAAGAGUGCGCUCUUCAAGCUCCCCCCUCCUGUCCAGCACAUCGCCAGCUGUCAGUCAAAAAGACAAAGUGCUGUGAUGUGUUUGAAUGUGCGUGCAGCUGCCAGAAUUCCACUCACAGCUGCCCCGCUGGGUUCAUCACAUCCACGUCUACCAACGACUGUGGCUGCACAGAGACCAACUGCCUGCCAGACAAGGUGUGCGUGGUGGGUGGCGUGAUUCAUCCAGUGGGUAGUGAAUGGGAGGAAGGGUGUGAGAAGUGUAGCUGCACCCAGCGACAGGACAAAGACACGUCACUCCACGUUGCUCAGUGUAAACCGCCAGUUUGCGAUCAGACCUGCCCUCUUGGCUCCACAUACACUCCAUCAAAAGGAGAGUGCUGUGGGAAGUGCACACCAACCAGCUGUGUGGAGUCAGUGGGAGAUAUGCGAGGGGACACACUUAUUGGGGGAAACUUCAGACGUGUGGGUGAGGUCUGGCCUUCUCCACAUGAUAAAUGUGUCCUACAUCAGUGUGUGAAGGUGAAAGAGGAGGUGUUCAUCUCUUCAACAAACAUCAGCUGCUCUGCUAUGGACGCUCCAUCCUGCCCACUGGGAACUGAGUUACGCUGCACCACCCAGGACUGCUGCCCUCGCUGCCACUGUGCCCCCAUGGAUGCCUGUGUUCUCAAUAACACUGUGAUCGGAGCAGGAGAGAGGAUGAUGAUGGAUCUGUGCACACACUGUGAGUGUAACGUGGAAGAAGGUGCAGUGAAGAAGCACAGACUGUCCUGCAAGCAAAUCAGCUGUCCCCCUUGCCCCAUGGGAUACACACCGCAGAAGGAGGAAAACGCUUGCUGUGACCGCUGUAUUCCCACUGCCUGCGUCAUGCAAAGACCGGAUGGAAACCUCUUCAAUCUGCCAGUAAACACCACUAGUGAGGACGGUUGCAGCUUGUAUACCUGUGGUGUAAACAGUAAAGGAGGUCUUGUCCUGCAGACCAAAGUGAAAAUCUGCCCUCCUUUUAACCACCAAGCCUGCCUGGACCAGGGGGGGAAAGUGAGUCGGAUUGGAACCACCUGCUGUGAAACAUGUAAUGAGCCAGAGUGUCGAAGGACAGCAGGAACACUUGACUACAUUAAAGUGGAUGACUGCCAAUCAGAGCACCAGAUAGAACUGCACUACUGUGAGGGAAAAUGUCGCAGUAAGUCCAUGUACUCCCUGCAGAGGGCUGCUGUGGAGCAGGAGUGUGUGUGCUGCACUGCUGUGGAGACAGAGCCUCUCAGUGUUCCUGUCUUGUGUGCAAAUGGCACUCACAGUCACCACACUGUCCAGUCUGUCACUGCAUGUGACUGUCUCUCCAAACACUGCACCUAGAGAAAGCAAGAGAGAAAGAGAGUUUAUAAAUGUAGAUGCUUUGUGUAUACCCAAGUACAAUAUAUCCAUAAAUACAUAGCUGCAAACAUAACAAUAAAACAAAGUUGCCAGUUUCUGUAAGCAUCA